AAUUUAAAGAAGAUAAAAAUCGUAAUAUAAAUGUUCCUUUAUUUAGGCCAAUUUAUAAUAAACUUGUGAUCUAGAUUAUUCUCGUUGUAUAAUACGAACAAUAGCUCAAUAUUUUUUCUUUAUUAGAAAUUAAUAAUAGUGUAGAUACAAUUUUUAACAGUUCCCGCGCAUUGGUGAGUGAUUCCAUAUAUAUAUAUACCAGCAGUUUGGGUAGUCGCUUUGACAUUGAGUUUGUUUGCACUGUUUGUAACAUCUCACUAAGCGUUAAGCGAAUGUCUUUGAAUUGCACAAUUACUUUUUUAAGAGAUCGACAAUUUAUUUUACGAGUGAGUGGUUUUUAUUAGUAGUUUAGUUAGAUAAAUAAGUGUUUUAUCGUGUGCAAAUUCUAAACUACAUGAAACGUGAAGUUUUAAUACUAUUCUUUCAAAACAAAUUUAAAUAACGAUUUUUUUAGAACGAUAUAUAAGUGCUUUAAAGUAAUAAGAUAUGGGAUUUCUACUUUACACUCUAGUUUUAAUCACAUUCCUGGCAAUAUUAUGGAAAAUAAACUCUGUCGCGAGAUGUGUAUUGAAAUUUACUUUUUUUGGAAUAACCAGUAUGAUAUUUGCUUGCGCACCUAUUCCGUUAAUGCUUCUAAAACCCCGUGAUAGUAAAAAUGCUUUAAUACCUGCUGCACUUCUAAGAGCCACCGAAAGAAUUUAUGGUCUCUCUUAUAAUGUGGAAGGAACUGAAAACAUAAUUAAAGAUAGUGGUUGUGUAGUUUUAAUAAAUCAUCAAAGUGCUAUUGAUCUAUUUGUUUUGGCUUAUCUUUGGCCAUUAAUGCCAAAUUCUACUGUGAUAUCGAAAAAAGAAAUUUUUUAUAUCCAACCGUUUGGUUUAGCGUCGUGGUUAUGGGGAACUAUUUUUAUAAACAGGGUGAAUGCGAAAGACGCACAAUCAACUGUUAAUCAAACUGGAGAAAUUAUUAGGAGACGAAAGGCUCGUGUAAUGAUGUUUCCUGAAGGUACUAGGAAUUUAGGAAAUACGUUGUUACCGUUUAAGAAAGGGGCUUUUCAUUUAGCUAUCGCCUCUAAAGUUCCCAUUCAACCAGUAGCUGUGUCUAGAUAUUCAUUUUUAGGGAAAUUUAGAUUCGAUUCAGGGCACAUAACAAUAAGAAUUCUUCCAGCUGUUUCUACAGAAGGUUGUACGUCUGAUGAUAUACCAAAAUUGAUAGAUAAAACUUAUAAAAUGAUAUCAGAAAAUGUCAAUGAAAUUUCCUCAAAAAAUAACGUGAAAAACAAUUUAAAAACUAGCUGAGUGUUCAAUAUUUGAAAAACAAUUUUUUUUUAUUGUUAAAUUUUUAUUCUCAUGUUGUGUUUUAACUAAUUGUAGAAGAUUUAAUUUUGUUUAUUUAUUUUAAAAUAAAUUUUAAUUUAAUUUC